AUGGCAGCGGGCGACCUCUCGACGUUCCUCCCGGCGAGCCCAAGCCUGUGCAUCUACGACCGACGAUGCUCCGCCCAUCCCCCGUUUUCUGGUGUUCUUGCAUGGGGAGCGCUGCCCCUGCUCGUGGGCAAAAACACCCCCAUCGACGUCGCCCCCGUCCGAGAAACGAAGCGCACCACCGCGAAAGUCGGUGCUCACCUCGAGAACGUCCUUCCCACAACCUUUACCGACGAAGACUCCCCGCUCUACCCCCCAGUCCCUUCUCCUCCCACCCGCCGCGCUGCGUUCGCGCUCGGAGGGUCCGCGGCGGGCGCGACCGGGCAGCUCGCCGACCAGGAGUACUUGGUGCUAGUCGGCGGUGGGGGCGACGACAACAUGCGCUUCGGGCCCUCCCGCCGGUUCUUCAACCCCGGGUUCUCGUACGAGUCGUCUGGCUGCCGUCUGCGCGUUGCCUACGCGUUUGCUCCUAACCCAUUCGCAUCCGUCGUCCUCCGCCCCGCUAGUGUCUAG